GCCGCCCCUCCAACGCUCGCUGCAUCCUCAUCCGACGCCACCUGUCAGCGGCUACCCACGCGCCUGCCCGUCCGUCAACGCCCGAUUGAAACCAUCGCUGCCCAGAUCUGCCUCAGUGGUUUGCAUCGUUGUGGCAACGACAUCGUCGAUCCUCAACUCUGGAACUAAAUCCAGAAGGACUACACCAUUCUCGCGGCUGAUGGCUGUGGAAAAUUGGAAAAUUAGCCUGUCCUAUGAAGAGAGUUCAUGCCAAUGGACCCAAUGCAGAAUACAUAGUGAUCAAACCCAGAGAUACAACAAUGAAUAAAACUCACCCACAUCGACAUGGCACGCACGAAGAUAAUGACAUUCUGUCAGGCAAACAGAAGCAUCAUCUUGAAAAUGAGGGCUGCAAUAAACUCUCAUAUCAAGCACCAUCAUCACCAGCCCAUCCUGUUUUCGAUCCUAUUUUUUAUGGAGAGAUGAGAAAGAGCAGGGAGAAUAUGGAUGGAAAUUUGACUAGAGUACACAAACAAAGAACUCAAGACAAGUCUGUAGUCCAUGUGUCCUCUAAGCAGAAACGUAGUCCUUCCAUGGAGGUUGGCACAAAAGUGAUUCUGAAGUCCUCAGUAUAUCCAAACAAAAGGCAUGUGGCACAUGCUAGCAUUUUGGGUUGCAAUUCAAAAAAAAAUGGUUGGUGGUGUUGAGCUAGGUCGGCAGUUCAUAGAAGUGCAAGUUGAUCAACCUAUUGAGGAAUGUGAGCUCUUGGUAAGGGAAAGGGAAAAUUGUAGGACAAUUGGCGAUACUUUCACCUCUGGAUUAACAAUUGCUUGGCCUUCAGCAUGUGUAGAUUGAGAGGUUCAGUGGUUGAGUUGAUUUGGAUGAUUUUGCUUAUGAGGAAUCGAGAUGCAAAUAUGACAUAUUGAUGCAAGAAAUAUUCGAGGGGCACAUUCUAGUGAACAUGAAUAGGGGUGUCACAUGGUAUCAAUGAUAGGAAAUCUUUUGCAUACUAUAGUUUACAUUAAUGGGUUGAGAAAUGUAUUUUUUCCCUAAAAUAUGGAUCUUCUAUAUGUUUAUUGUUACAAAUGCUAUGGAAUGGCAUGGACCAUAUUGAUAUUUUA